GCGGGCUGCAAGCAGGGCACACAGCAUUCUCUAUUCUUUUUCCUCGUGCGACCGGCCAUAUUGUAUUGAAUGACAGUGUGAACAAUAACAGGCUGAAGUAGCCAAAACAAAUCUUCCAACAUCUUAAAGUUGUGAAGAGUUUUACCCAAUUUGACGAUAAUGGAGAAUUCCUACGGGAUCGGCGUAGCUAACAGGUACGCACUUUUCCUGGACGACGAGUCGGAUCCUCUAGAAACUCUGUUUCAAAAAGAGCAAGAGAAGGAACUUAAGAAAAAAACCAAAGUCGCCGAUAAGGAAAUUAAGGCUAAGUUAGAGCCUCCAAAGGGAAAACCGGCACUUCCCGUUCAAAAGAAGACUGUUAAAGAGACGACGACCGCAAAAAACCAGGAAAACAAACGUGAUGGCAAUGAAAUUAAAUCAAACCAAAAGGUUGAUGGGAAAGGAGAACGAGUAGCUAAAUUUAAUAAUGAAAACCGUGAGGAAAGGAAUAACAGGCGGAAUCGUGAAGAUCGUCCUUAUAAUGGCCCUUCUGAAAACCGUGAGAAUCGACCCAGGCGUGACAAUGAGAACUUUGAAAACAGGCCGCGCAGAGAAGGUGGUGUUGGUGGUGGUGAAAGAAGAGAAGGUGGUGGUGAAAGGAGGGAAGGAAGGGGUGAAGGACGACCCAGGCCAGGCAAUAAUGACAGACCAAGAAACAAUAGGACUGGUACAUUUACUGAACGAAGAGGCAAGAGAGAAUUUGAUAGACAAUCUGGGUCUGACAAAACCCAUGGUUACAGAGGAGUGAAGCCAGUAGAGAAAAGGGAUGGUGCUGGAGCUCAUAACUGGGGAUCAACUAAAGACCUUAUUGAAGCUGAAGCUGAAAGGCCCAAUGAAACUGACCAAAGCUGGGGUGAAAAUGACAAACCUGAAGUAAAUAAUGAUGCUGAAAAGAAGGAUGAGCCAGAAACUGAACAAGCUCCUGUUGAGGAAGAGCCAAAAGAACUGACUUUGGAUGAAUGGAAGGCACAACGCGCUGGACGUGCUAAACCUACCUACAACAUUCGCAAAGCUGGUGAAGGUGAAGAUCUAUCUCAAUGGAAAAAAAUGUUUGAAUUGAAGAAAAAGGAAAAAGAAGAGGAAUCUGAAGAUGAGGAAUAUGAUGCAUCAGAAUAUCCGCAAAGAGUUGGAAGGCAAAAGCAUGUUUUGGAUAUUGAUAUUCAGUUUAAUGAUAAUAGACGUCCAGGUGGAACAAGAGGCCGAGGAGGAAGUCGAGGUGGGCGUGGUGGCAGAGGAGGGGCUGUAGGCGGUCCACGCCGUGAACCACGUGAAGGUGAUGCUCGUGGAGAAAGACGAUUCCGCGAUGAGCAGGUGAGUGAGGAAAUUAAGGUUGACGAAAAAACACCCAGAGCUCCUAAAGUAGAUGAUGAAAGGGACUUCCCAUCAUUGGGUUAAUAAACCACACAUCUGCUAAUGAUGAUAAUUUAUCUAUCAUAUACCAUUAAAAAGCUGUAUAUUAAAAUUAAUUUUUUCCUUUAAAAUGUUGGUAUUAAAAUUUACCAAUAAUAUAAAAAAUUCUUUUAUCACACAUUUUAUUUAUCUAUUUUUGUGUGUUCGAAUAGGAUUAAGCAUCUUGCUUGAGUCAUUAGAAUUUUUAAUUACAUAAUUAAAAUAAAAUAUGUGGUAAAGAAAUUUGAUCAAAAUAUUCAUUAUAUCAAAAAAACCGUGAGGUCUGGAAAGAGUACGUUAACUUUGCAUUUGUUAAAUUUUCAGUGUAGGCAGUAUAUAGGUAACUAGUGAGUUUUACACUGUAAAUGUUCUUCAGUUAGAGAUAAUGCAAGCCUUACUUUGGAAAAUAUUGAAUUUUUUCCUAAGAAGACGUAAAACAUGCAUAGUGGGUUUUACAUUUCGUAUUGAUUAUUGAUCUUUUAUUUUUAAUUUAAAGUCUACUUUCUAGAAUUUUUCUUUGAUAUAACCUUUAACAGUGUAAGUAAUUAUUAAUAAAACAGUUAUACCCAUAACUGCAUUAAAUUGUGGGUUUGUAUUAUAAUAAUCGUAAAUUAAAAAAAAACUUUAAAUAAACAAGACCUUUGUUGAUAUUGCGCUGUUUUUUUUUUGUUCAUUUUCUCAUGAACGAAAUAACUGACUGGACAUCUAUAAUUUGAUAAUUGUAAGGGGGUCGUAAUGUCUUAAUUCCAAUUAACAUGUUGUAGGGUUAGACUACCUAUUUUGUAAAUUGUUUAAAAUUGUUCUUGUAAAAUAGGAUUACACGUUGUUGAGGUGUAUUUACAGGUUAGACACAGUACAAAAUUCGAGAGCACAAAUAUUCAACAGAAGUCAUAAACAGUUUUUGAGCAGGUUAAAGGUAGUUUUAUUUCAAUACUAAUUUAGGACUAGGCUAGUUUUUGAAGCACGGUUAUGACUAAUAAACAAAGACUGUUUUUUUGGGAUCUAUGAAUUUUUGUGUUUGGAACAAAUUACUGAAUUCAGGUGAAAAGUUGCAUAUUUUUGGCAGUUAAACCUAUUUUUUUAACUGAUCUUGGUAUAUGAGAGUGCAAAACAUAUGUUUCAGAAAAUAUAAAUUUUUAUUUUGGUGAGCGUCCGUUCGGAACACAAGAUGUUCUUUAUAAGUCACAAAAUAAAAUGAAACAUUUUAAUAAUUUACUAUUUAGGGAUAGAUUCAUUACACGGCAACAAUUACCUUAUUAAAUGUUACUAAACGGAACUGCUUAAUUAUCGAUUUAUUUUAUGGAUGAUCAGAUUGUAACACAUUUGCCACUAUAUACUGUAUAAAACACAAAUGCUUAUUUUGGGGUGUUUAAAUCCCGUUUUUUUUUUAUAUAUACCUAUCUUAUGUUUGGCUUUUAUCUUAUGUUUAUGGUGUAUAAUAUAACUUUUUUGUUCAUCAUUAACUGUUAUAGUUAUAUUCGCUAGGAGUGUGUAUUUUUUUUUUAUAAAAUGUAAAAAUUUAACGUUUUAUUAAUGUUGGACCUUUACUGGACGUUUAUUUGCUGUGAUUAACUAACGAUUUUGCCUAUCAAAAAAUAGUUUUUGAAACUGCUUUAAGUUAUAUGUUUUAAAAUACUGUCUUAAACCUGAAAGAACAAACUUUUGUAUCUAGUUACUAAUAUUUAUGCUUGUUUACCUUCUAUUUCCUAGCUCCAACUGUAACAUUAUUUACAGCUUACGGUAGUGGAGACGGCUUAAGUAAUAAAUUGUUAAAGAGUUAGAGUAUAUAUUAAUUUGUUUUCGAACACCAGUUUAGUUUUCUUACAAUAAAAUUAUGUCAUUUUAUUUUAUAUUUAAAAGAAUUAAAGCAUACUUUUCACAAAUACAACAGGAUUAUGCUAAAAUA